CAAACAAGCUUUCUGCUAUUUUAGGUGCACUAUACAAUCUCAAUUACAGAAUAAGAAGAAACAACAAUGGAGUGCAGUAUGUGUGGGGAUGUGGGCUUUCAGAUCUAUCUAUUCCAAUGCACAAAAUGUUCAAUUCGUUUCCAGCAUCAAUAUUGCAGCAGAGCAUAUUUUGAGAAUGAAUCAGUUGAAAGUAUUAGUGAAGUAUGUGAUUGGUGUUUCAGUAUUCCAGAGGAGGAUGCAGGCUCUGAUGUUAAGCUUAUGAUCAGGGAUUCUGUUAAAAGAAUGAGAAGUUCUCCUGGGUUUGGAGAGUGCACAAACAUGACCCACGAUAGCAAACGCAAGAGAAAUAUGACAAAAUCUUGUGUUGAAAUUGAUGGACAGAUACCCAAAGAGCUGAAGAAAAAGAAAAACUCUGAAUUAAUAGACAGUAUAGAAAGGAAAAAUAAGAAGAGAUAUAAGCUUCUUGAUGAAAUUCUCUGUUGAUUACAAUGUUUCUCAAUGUAGGGAAACUAAAUCUCCGUGGGAUAAUGUAGUAAUCCUCUGGGAGUGACUAUUUUGUUAAUGAAUAUAUCAAACCUACUUUUGGAUUAUCUCUCCACGCUGGUUUGUGAUCAAGAUGUUGUAAAAGGAUUCAAUUUAC